AUGACCCCCGAUGGAACACGGGUCAAGAUUGAGUGUACACCCCCCGGUCAUUUUCAAGGCUGGGCAAACGUAAUCCACGGUGGAAUCUUGAGUACACUCCUCGAUGAAGCAAUUACCUAUGUGGGUAUUGCCAGUUUUGAUGGACCUGCGGUAACAGCGCAACUUGAGGUCCGAUUCAAGAAGCCAGCGAUGGCAGGCGAUAAAUUGAUUGUUACAGCCAAUCGAGUUAAAAUGGGUAAGCGUCUCAUUGAGGUUGAAGCACACAUUGAUUCAGAAGAUGGCGAACGAAUUGUUGAAGGAAGCGGAAAGGUGAUGAAAGUCAUUGGUGAUUUUUAA